AUGGCCGCGAACAAGGUCAUACAGCAAAAUGCCGAGUCGAAGGGAACCCCCGCGAAGGACCUCGCGUCGGUGGUCAGCGCUAUCCAGAAAGAGACCAGCGCUCAGGCCGCACGUCGGCUGCUGGCUAAGCAGCGUGCGACGAGCAAGAAACCCGCGACGAAGGGAUCCAGGAACGUCAUCUUUUCGUCGGGAUACGUGUACUUUUUGGUCCUGGAGAAACCGUGGUGGUUCACUGGUGCUUUGGCGAUGGUGGUGUACGGGUUCGCCAUCAUACUGAUGUUUCUCAUCUCCCUGCCUCUAGACCUCAUCAACACACAGGAGGAGUGGGGCGAGGACUCGGAUGUGCCCAACGCGCUUCUCGCGUUAAGAUUCGCGGCGUCGCACAUCCUGAUGAUGUCGUUCGGCACCGUCAUGCCGAGCACCGACGGAGGAUACCUCGUCGCAUUCUUCUCCAUGCUCGUCGGAGUCGUGGUUAACGCGUUCGUGUUCUCCGCCGUGGUGUCAAAGUUCCAGUCGCCGCAAAAAGACAUCGUGUGGACCACUCGAUCGAUCAUGAGUCGAAGGGACGGGGUGCCCACGUUCAUGAUACGCGUGGGUAACCUGCGUUGCCACACGCUGUACAACCCGGUGAUUCGAGUCACCCUGUUAUCGAGGCACGUGACCAAGGAGGGAGAGGGGUUCAUGAAAAAAGAGGUUGUCGAGGUGAUGCAACCCGCGACGGUGAGUGGCGUGCACACCAUCGCGUGUCCCAUCGAGCCGUCGUCGCCGCUUUGGGCCGUUUUCAAGGAUUCCAAGACAACCGUGUGCCCCAAAUCUGGCAAGACCAUCAACGAGAUGACCACCCCCAGGCGCAUAAGGUCAAAGGCGAAGCUCGAGGAUGGAGCCAGAGACGGAGGCGAACCCUCGGGGUCGCACACGGAAACCGAAUCCGAGUACGACAGCGAUUCGGACGAGGAGGAGGACCCGUGGCUGGUGCACCUAACUUUCACCGCGAUGGAUCCGGUGUAUGGCGCGGAGCUCUGCAGCACCACGACGUACACCAACGGGACGCUGGUGGGUCCCGCGAGAUGGAAGGACGUGAUCGGGUUCGGGCGCGACGGUAAGCCGCAGAUCGACUGGCAUAAUUUUGACGAGUACAUCGACGGGUGUUUGAAUAACCCGGACGCCGCGGAUGGCGAGGGGGAUGGAUUCAGAUACUCGCCGCCGGCUUCUUCGAGCGGCGGCGAGGACGGCGGACGGUCGAGCCCGGCGUACGCCGCUUCUGAGCGCUCGGAUGAUACCGCCUUUGGAGCUGCCGGACUUAGAACGACGGCGCCCGGUGCGUUAUCGAGGUUUCACGACACCAGGUUCUUCAAAGCGCAGGAGGAUAUCGUGGAAAUGGAACCUCCGGAUCCGUACUUCAACGGGUACCUCUUCGGCCAGCAACCAGCGCCGGAUGGUCCACCGGUGACUGGAAUACCGAGGCUGGCUGUUCUCGCGGCUAGGGCGUCGUACGGAACCGGCGAUCAGCUGGACGGCUCCUACCCGGUGGGGCCACUCGUGCCGUUUUGUGCGUACUGUCACCGCCUUGGUCUUCUGUACCAGGAAGCUGGCAUACCCCACGAGGAGUACGCCGUGGAUGGACGAGACAAGGCAAAAUGGUUCCUGGACGCGUUCCCAGCGGGUACAACUCCCGCUGUACAGGGUACCCCCGGAGGUGUUCCCGGCUCGGAGGACUGCCUCAGGACAACGACGGGAGAGCACUGUGUGCCCUGGGUCGGCGGAUUCGACGAAAUCGUCGCGAGAGCAAAGGAGCAGAGCAUGGGGUUCGCCGCGGUGGCGAACGACGAUGGACAGCACAAGACAAGAGUGGUAUGCCUUCUCUGCAGAAGCCUCGCCACUGGAUUGUUGGCUUCGAGGUUUGCGGAGACGAAGGUUGAAGAUGGUAAGAAACUGUUGCACGGUAUGAUGGGCAUGGGUGGUGUGAAUGUUAUGCCUGGUGAGGCGGGAUCAGAGCUUCGGGAUCGGAUGGUCAAGUUGGCUCUUGACUCAUUUGCGGAGAUUGAACAGCUACUCUCCGACCUUGACGACGAUUUCAUCGGCGGCGACAGGCCGAAUAUGGCGGAUGCGCACAUGGCCACGAUGCUUUACUGGGCGCUGAACAUGAUCGAGUUUGGUUUGUGUGGAAUACCUCAGGCGCCGUGUUCAGUUGAAGACGUCGGCGCGCCGUCAAUCAGGACGUAUCUUGAGCGAUGGACCAAGCGGCCGAGCUGGAAGGAGUGUUACAAGACCUCCAGUCUUUACAACUCGGCGACGGUGACGGUAUACGCGUACAGGUUCUCCAAAAUGGCCCCGGACGUCGCGAACGAUCCUCGUUUCCUUCCUCUGCCGGCUGUGUGUGAGCGAGCGCGUCGUGCCGAUCCGUACUAUCGCGCUGCAGUUGGGCUGGAUAAGCCCGUAACCGGGGGUCCGAUAUUCGAGGGGCAUCUUUUCGGACAGCAGCCUGCGCCAGAAGGGCAGAUCAUAUCGGGUGUGCCAAGGAAGGCGGUACUGUCUUACCGUGCAUCGUACGGUACAGGAGAUAUUCUCGAUGGCGACGCGCCUCUGGGUCCCAUCAUGCCGUACUGCCCGUACUGUCACCGCCUCGGUUUGAUGCUUUCAGAGUCUGGCGUGCCGUUCGAGGUAUACCUUAUCGAUCAGAGCGAUAAACCGCCUUGGUUCUUGGAAUCGUUUCCAGCGGGUACCACGCCGUCGAUGCAGUGGCCUGACGUUCUCGGCACCGACGAGUGGGUCGGUGGAUUUGACAACCUUGUCAAGAUUUACGGCGAGAAGAUUCCAAAAUUCGCUAGCGUCGCAAAUGACCAUGGACAGUACAAGGUUGACCAUGUCGGCGCGCUGGGCACCACAGUUGCCAUGGCAACAUAUGCGGCGAUCUUUGCAAAAUCGGAAUUGGAUUCGGCCAAGAACAUGAUGGGCGCGCUGAUGGGUAUGGGAAGCAUCGCAAAGAUUGAGGGUGAAACGGGUGCGCAGACCAGGGAGCGGCUGAUUUUGCUCAUACGGGACUCCUUCAAGGAGCUCGAGAGCUUGAUCUCGAAACUGAACGGUCCGUUCGUCGGCGGAAAGAGUCCAAACAUGGCGGAUGCAUACCUCGCCACGAUGUUGUUCUGGGCUCACAACGCACUUGAGUGUGGAUUGAUGCCACUGCCGCAGGCGCCGUGCUCUCUCAAGGACAUGGGCGCUCCGUCGCUUAGGCCGUAUCUCGAUCGAUGGGUGCAACGUCCCAGCUGGAAGGAGUGCUACAAGAGCGAUUCCAUCUACAGCGCGCCAUCCAUGAUGCAGGCGUGCGCCACGGUGACGAAGAUGGCUCCCGAUGCGUGCAGACAGGGAAAAGACUUCGUGAAGGUGCUCGCCAGGAUCAGAGGUCUCGACUCGGCGUAUCGCUGCGCGGCUGGUCUGGACGACAAGUGCGCCUUCCACGGGUACGCACCUGCUCCAGAGGGUCCGCUCGUACCGGGCUACCCACGGGCCGCUGUGAUGGCUUCAAGGGCGUCUUAUGGCAACGGCGACGAUCUGGACGGGUCCGCGCCGCGCGGUCCAUUGAUGCCGGACUGCUCUUACAGUCACAGGCUCGGGUUGCUUUUCUACGAGGCUGGCAUACCCUUCGAGACGUACUUGAUAGACACCCGGGACAAGGCACAGUGGUUCCUGGAGCAAUUUCCCGCGGGGACCACCCCUGCGAUUCAGGGAACACCCGGCGGAUGGGUUCACAACGACGAGUGGGUCGGCGGAUUCGACGAAAUCUUCAAGAGGUGCGUCGAGCAGAGUCCCGCUUUCGCGAAGGUGGCCAACGACAACGGUCAGUACAAGACGGCCGAUGUCAUGAAGCUGCUUCAACGAGGCGGCUGCGCGAUGUUCGCAUCAAUUGUUGCCACGUCAGAGCUUCCUACCGGACAAGCCUUGGUGAAGGGUAUGAUGAAGAUGGGCAACAUCGAGGUUGUCGAUGGCGAGGAUACGAUGAGCAGGGCUUUCCGCCUGAACGCGAUUGCAUCUGAAUCACUGAAUGAUCUCGACUCGAUGAUCGGAAAGCUCAAGGGUCCUUUUAUCGGUGGCGACAGGCCUAUCCAGGCGGACGUGUUCGCAGGUACCAUGCUCUUCUGGGCUCACAACGCCAUCGAAUCGGGUUUUGCUCAGAUUCCCGAGGCCCCGUGCUCACUGAGCGACAUCGGGUGUGGUGCGCUCAGACGCUACCUCGAACGGUGGGUGAAGCGUCCCAGCUGGCGCGCGCAGUUCCACUCGUCAUCCCUUUACAGUGCUUCGCUCGUUAUGACUGCCGCAGACAGGGUGCGGAAGAUGGCCCCGGAUGUGUGCCAAGGUGGAAAGGCCUUGAGCGAGGUUAUGGACAGGAUUCGAGCCCUUGACAAUCAUUAUCGCGCCGAGGUUGGACUUGACGAGCCAGUCACGUCGGAUUGGACGCCUGUAAUGGGGCAGACACUCCCUCCCGCCGGUCCACUGGUUCCAGGCGUACCGAGAAAGGCUGUCUUGUCCUACCGUGCGUCCUAUGGCUCCGGAGACGCGCUCGAUGGCCCGUCCCAGCUCGGGCCAAUCAUGCCAUUUUGCCCUUACUGCCACAGGCUCGGGCUUCUACUCGCCGAGGCUGGUGUGCCGUUCGAGACGUACGUCAUCGACAUGCGGGACAAGCCGGCAUGGUUCCUUGAGCAGUUCCCCGCGGGCACCACACCCGCGAUGCAGGGCACGCCCGGAGGUUUGCCGGACUCGGACCAGUGGAUGGGUGAAUUUGACGAGAUCCUGGCGCGCGCAAAGCAGCAGAGCGAGGCGUUCGCCAAGGUGGCCAACGAUGACGGUCCAUACAAGACGGAGUACAUCGGCACGCUCGGCUCGCGGAUCGCCAUGUCUCAGGCCGCCGCGAGAUACGCAGAGUCUAACCUCGAAUCUGCCAAGCCGAUCCUCGGGAUGUACAUGCAGUUCGGCUUCAUUCCUCAGGUCCCAGACGAGUCCAACCCGGCGUUGAGGCAGCGCCUCAUUAACAUCGCAAUCGACUCAUUCGCCGAGCUCGAGGGUGUGAUAGCGAACCUCAACGGUCCGUUCAUCGGAGGUAAAACGCCAAACCAGGCGGAUGCUUUCCUCGCCACCAUGUUGUACUGGUCUCAUAACGCGCUCGAGUGCGGCUUGUCACCGUUGCCUCAGGCGCCGUGUUCACUCAAAGAGGUUGGCGCGCCAUCGGCGCUGGAGUACCUGCAACGCUGGGUGCGACGACCGAGCUGGAAGGAGUGCUACAAAAGUGACUCCAUGUACAGCGCGGCGACUAUGAUGGUGGCGUGUCAGAUGCUUGCAAACAACGCGCCUGACAUGUGCGACGGUGGAAGACAACUCUACCCUGUGAUGGCCAGGGCAAGGAUGCUUGAUUCGUCGUAUUGCGACGGGAAAACUGGUCUGACGUGCAAGGCUUAUUUCGGCCACCGGAUGUCUGGCGAGUACGACGACGACGACGUGGACGCAUCGCCCGGACCUCAGGGUACGCCCAUACCUGGGGCUCCGAGGAUCGCGAUGCUUUCAGCGAGGGCGUCUGACGGUGAUCCACUCGAUCCCAUUGACGGUGUCUCGCCCGCGGGCCCGCUCGUGCCUUACUGCACGUACUGCAUCAGACUCUGUCUCAUCCUUGCGGAGGCGCGUGUUCCAUUCGAACUCAUUUUGAUCGACCAUUACGCCAAGCCGCAGUGGUUCCGGGAUGCCUACCCUCCAGCGAAGACCCCGGCCAUGCAGGGCACACCCGGUGGGGUGGACAGCGGAGAGUGGGUCGGGGGUUUCUCAGACUUGCUGGAGCGCGCGGUUGGUCAAUCGGUGCAGGUGGCACGCAUUGCACGGCAGCGCGGUCCUUUAUCUUUGAAGGAUGCGGAAACGUUGUGCGAGAAGCUGACAUCUGCCCUCGUCGGCGGCAGGGUGCUCGGAAGUAAGUACCCCGCAGGCAAGGCGUAUGCGCGUCAAUGCUUGGAGCGCGCCGGAGUCCUACCUGAGGAGUACAUGUCUAAAUCGGAUGAUGAGCUCAGUGUCACGCUCGGCGGUCGAGCGGCCGAGGCUGUGACGGAGCUCGAAGGACACAUCACCGCGCUCAAGGGACCGUUCAUCGCCGGCCAGAUCCCCGAUGCAUCCGACGCUCUCGUGGCAUCUGUGCUGCUGGUGGCGUAUAACCUGCUUGAAUCAGGUGUUGCAUCGCUCCCUGACGGCAAGGACUCGUUCGGAUCGCUUGGAGGACCAAGCUUCGAGGGAUACCUGAAUGCUUGGGCUUCGCGGCCGAGUUGGGUGGCAUCUUAUCGCGAUUGCCGCAUUCUCAACGCCGCGUCCAUACGACCGAUUGUCGCGUCGCUCGUGGCCAAGGCACCGGAUGUCUGCACUCCGGAGGAAAUGUUCGUGUGCAUGCAGCGCGCGAGAUUGGCGGAUGAGUACUAUCAAAACGCCAUCGCUUGGGAGGCGAAGAGGGACAGAACGGAGUCUAGGAAUCUCGCGAAAGAAUCGAGAGUGCCGCACGCACGACCAGAUCGCUGGGAUUCUCGGUACAAACCCGUGAGCCGUGGCCCGAGCUUCAGGCAAUCCAGUCGCAGCGGCAAGAACGUGUUCAUGAUCAAGGAGGAACCCGGUCCGAAGCAAUCCUCUUUGCGACAGAGUAGCUUUAACUCUGGCCGCAAAAUUUUGGUUCAGGACGAAGAAGACGUUGCAUCGCCGAAAUCCAGGCGGUAUCUGCGCGGUUCACUGCCCGUUGACGGCAACACGUCGUCCCGAUCGCUUGCAGAUAAGCUGAGCCUCGGAGGCACACCGACAACUUCAGGCAUUGGUCUCACGGCGCCGGCAACGCCCAAGCCGCCUCCGGCUCCGGCUCCGCAGCCGGUCGCGCCGAGGCCCGCGCCCGUUGAGAACACCGCCACCGGUGCAGGCGCCGCCUCCUCCGCCACCGCCGGCGCAGGCGCCUCCUCCGCCACCGCCGCCUGCACCGGCGCCACCGGCAACUCCAUCCGCGGCUCUUGCGCAGCCGCCAGUGGCUCAGGAUCCCGCAGCGGCGAUCAAGCCUCAGAAGAGCAAGAAGAAGAAGCUCAAGACUAA